UAAAAACAAAAGCUGAUGGCUCUUUCCGCCUUGAGAACAUAACAACAGGUACAUACACAAUUCAUGCCAGGAAAGAACAUCUCUUCUUUGAUACUAUUACAAUAAAGAUUGCACCAAAUACACCUCAGUUAGCAAACAUCAUUGCAACAGGAUUCAGCGUGUGUGGCCAGAUCUCAGUAACUCGUUUCCCUGACACAGUCAAACAGAUUAGUAAAUACAAGGUAACCAUGAUGCCUCAAGGCAAGGACAAAGCAUCACUGGUUACAACAGAAACUGACCCUCACGGCGCAUUUUGUUUUAAAGCAAAGUCGGGUACAUACAAUGUUCAGGUAAUUAUUCCAGAGGCUGAGACCAGAGCAGGAUUGGCUUUGAAACCCAAAAUGUUCCCUGUUACUGUUACAGACAAACCAGUAAUGGAUGUGACCUUCUCUCAGUUUUUGGCGUCCAUCUCAGGGAAGAUCUCUUGUUUAGAUGCUUGUGGUGAUCUGAUGAUGACAUUACAGUCUGUGAGCCGCCAGGGUGAAAAACGCAACCUGCAGCUCUCUGGAAACAUGGACUCGGUAGCCUUCACAUUUGAAAAUGUGCUACCUGGCAAAUACAAAGUAAGCAUUGUACAUGAAGACUGGUGCUGGAAGAAUAAGUCUUUGGAGUUGGAAGUCAUGGAGGAAGAUGUUUCGGGAGUAGAAUUCAGGCAGACUGGAUAUAUGCUGAGGUGUUCUCUUUCUCAUGCAAUUACACUGGAAUUUUAUCAGGAUGGAAAUGGACCAGAGAACGUUGGUGUUUAUAACCUGUCCAAAGGAGUUAAUAGAUUCUGUCUUUCAAAGCCAGGUGUAUAUGAGGUGACCCCACGUUCCUGCCACCAGUUUGAACAUGAGUAUUACACUUACGACACGUCCUCUCCUAGUAUACUGACGCUCACUGCAGUUCGACACCAUGUCCUUGGCACGAUUGUAACAGAUAAACUGAUGGAUGUGACUAUUACCAUUAAGUCAUCCAUUGACAGUGAACCUGCCUUAGUUUUAGGGCCCCUGAAAUCUGUACAGGAGUUACGUAGGGAGCAGCAGCUGGCAGAAAUUGAGACGCGCCGACAGGAGAGAGAAAAGAAGGGUCAAGAGGAGGAAGGAACAAAGCCACCAGUGCAAGAAAUGGUGGAGGAACUGCAAGGACCAUUCUUAUAUGAAUUUUCAUACUGGGCAAGGUCCGGAGAGAAAAUUACUGUGACACCGUCAUCAAAAGAACUGCUUUUCUACCCGCCUUAUGUGGAAACAGUUGUUAGUGGAGAGAGUUGUCCUGGAAAGCUGAUAGAGAUUCAUGGAAAAGCAGGCUUAUUUCUGGAAGGGCGAAUUCAUCCUGAGUUGGAAGGUGUUGAGAUUGUCAUCGGUGAAAAGGGAGCAACUUCCCCGCUCAUCACAGUUUUCACCGAUGACAAAGGUGCUUACAGUGUUGGGCCACUCCACAGUGACUUGGAAUAUACAGUUACUGCUCAGAAAGAAGGGUUUGUUUUGACUGCAGUAGAAGGAACAGUUGGGGACUUCAAAGCUUUUGCUCUUGCUGGGGUGACGUUUGAGAUCAAAUCAGAGGAUGACCAGGCUCUUGCUGGAGUUCUCUUGUCUCUCAGUGGAGGGGUGUUUCGUUCCAACCUCCUUACACAGGAUAAUGGCAUGCUGACUUUUUCCAAUCUGAGCCCAGGGCAGUAUUAUUUUAAACCCAUGAUGAAAGAGUUUCGCUUUGAACCAUCAUCACAAAUGAUUGAAGUGCAGGAAGGACAGAAUCUUAAAAUUCGGAUAACUGGUUACAGAACAGCUUACAGCUGUUAUGGCACAGUUUCUUCUUUAAAUGGAGAGCCUGAGCAGGGAGUCUCAGUAGAAGCUGUGGGGCAGAAGGAUUGUAGUAUCUAUGGAGAAGACACGAUAACUGAUGAAGAGGGCAAAUUCAGGCUACGUGGCCUUCUGCCUGGUUGUGUGUAUCAUGUCCAACUCAAAGCUGAAGGCAAUGAUCACAUUGAAAGAGCUUUACCACAGCAUCGGGCAAUUGAGGUUGGGAACAGUGACAUUGGUGAUGUUAAUAUUAUAGCGUUCCGGCAAAUUAAUCAAUUUGAUUUAAGUGGAAAUGUAAUUACAUCUUCCGAAUAUCUCUCCACAUUAUGUGUGAAGCUCUACAAAAGUGAAAAUCUUGACAACCCAAUUCAUACAGUCAACUUAGGCCUAUCCCUAUUUUUCCAUUUCCCACCACUGCUCCGAGAUGGAGAGAAUUACGUGGUGCUCCUGGAUUCUACAUUGUCUAAAUCACAGUAUGACUACACCCUGCCUCAAGUUUCCUUCACUGCUAUUGGGUAUCAUAAGCACAUUACACUGAUCUUCAGUCCCACUAGAAAGCUGCCUGAACAAGAUAUUGCCCAAGGAUCUUACAUCGCGUUACCACUGACGCUGCUUCUGUUGUUGGCUGGUUACAACCAUGAUAAGCUCAUUCCCUUACUGCUACAGCUGACGACUCGACUGCAAGGAGUACGUGCUCUUGGACAGACAGGUUCUGACACAGGUGGCUCAGAGGAUGCAAAGAGACAAACGAAAAAACAGAAGACAAGACGGACGUGAGAUGAAAGGAAUGAUUGCAUUAAGUGGUGCUCUGUCAAACUGGAGCCUGAGGAAGCGAAGCCACUAAAAUACAUUUUUGUUGAAUUUGCGGACUUACAUUUUAGAGGUUGCUACAUGAGCACCGUUUGUCACACUAGCUCCAUUUUGGUUGUAAAUUUUCUAUGGAGUCUAUAAAUUUCCGUGUUGUAAAGUAAUGAAAUGAAUGCCUCUGUUGUCACUUUGAGUGCAUCUCCCAUACUUGAAGACAAUU